AUGGCCAAUCUGAGCCACCCUUCCGAAUUCAUCCUCUUGGGCUUCUCGUCUUUGGGUGAGCUGCAGACUCUGCUCUAUGGGCCCUUCCUCGUGGUUUAUCUCCUCGCCUUCAUGGGGAACGCCGUCAUCAUCGUCACGGUCAUCGCCAAUGCCCACCUACAUACGCCCAUGUACUUCUUCCUGGGCAACUUUUCCCUGCUGGAGAUCUUGGUGACCGUGACCGCGGUGCCCAGGAUGCUCUCAGACCUGCUGGCCGCCCACAGGGUCAUUUCCUUCACCGGCUGCAUGGUCCAGCUCUACUUCUACUUCUCCCUGGGUUCCACCUCCUUCCUCAUCCUGUCAGACAUGGCCCUUGACCGCUUUGUGGCCAUCUGCCACCCACUGCGCUACAGCACUCUGAUGAGCUGGGCUGUGUGUGCCCGGCUGGCAGGGGCUGCCUGGGCAGCGCCUUUCCUAGCCAUGGUGCCCACUGUCCUCUCCCAGGCCCAUCUCAGUUAUUGCCAUGGCAAUGUCAUUAACCACUUCUUCUGUGACAAUGCACCCCUGCUGCAGCUGUCCUGCUCGGACACCAGCCUGCUGGAACUCUGGGACUUUGUGAUGGCGCUGGCCUUUGUCCUCAGCUCCUUCCUGGUGACGCUCAUCUCCUACGGCUACAUCGUGACCACCGUGCUGCGGAUCCCGUCUGCCAGCGGCCGCCGGAAGGCUUUCUCCACGUGUGGGUCUCACCUCACCCUGGUCUUCAUUGGCUACGGCAGCACCAUCUUCCUAUAUGUCAGGCCCGGCAAGGCACACUCUGUGGAACUCAACAAGACUGUGGCCUUGGUGACAUCAGUCCUCACCCCCUGCCUCAACCCCUUUAUCCUCACCCUCCGCAAUGAGACAUUCAAGGCAGUGCUGCGGGGACAGGUGCAGAGGCUGAAAGGCCUCCACAAGGCACUACCGCAGCCCAAGAGACCCGGCGAGGCUCAGUCCAGUAGUUCUGCGAGGGGGACAGAGUACCAGCCGGGUGGGAAGGCCACUGCCAAGUUUCUUUAG